ACUUCCGAUAUAGCGAUUUUGUUUUUUGUAGUUGUAAAUUUGUUGAAUUAUAAAAUGAAUAAAGGCUGGUUGGAGCUUGAAAGCGAUCCAGGCUUGUUUACCCUUCUAGUGGAAGAUUUUGGUGUGAACAGCAUUCAAGUUGAAGAAAUCUAUGAUCUACAGAAAUCCAUUGAAGGGACUGUCUAUGGCUUUAUAUUCUUAUUUCGAUGGAUAGAAGAACGACGAAGUCGGAGGAAAACUAGCACAGAAGACGAAUCAUUUGUCAUGGAUGAGAACAUAGUUAACAGCAUAUUCUUUGCAAAACAGAUUAUUCCCAACUCGUGUGCCACGCAUGCCCUGCUGAGCGUCCUGUUGAACUCUGAGAAAGUCCGACUCGGAGAAACCUUACAGAAGUUCAAAACAUUUACACAAAACAUGAAUCCUGAGGAUAAAGGCUUUGCCAUUGGGAACAUGGCAGAACUGGCCAGUGCUCACAACAGUCAUGCAAGACCUGAGCCAAAACACCUGCCCGAGAAGCAGCCCACCCUGUCAACAGUGCGCACCAUGGAGGCCUUCCAUUUUGUCAGCUAUGUUCCCAUCUGCGGCAGGCUUUUUGAGCUUGACGGUUUGAAGCCAUAUCCAAUAGACCACGGUCCAUGUGAAUCAAGUCAGAUGUGGACUGAGAAAUUCCGUUCUGUGAUAUCCGACCGACUUGGCAUGGCAACUGGAGGUGAACCCUACCAUGACAUUCGCUUCAAUCUGAUGGCCGUUGUUCCUUGUAAGCGACAGUUAUACGAACACAAGCUGCAGACACUGAAAACAAACAGACAGAUAGUGCUGGAGGCCCUGCAACAGCUGCUGGAUUCUAAGAUGGUAAAAGUAACCACACCGGGUUUGACAUCAGACAACAGGGGCCAAGCUCAUCUGAUCACCGACUCGGUUCAUAUAAAAAACAACCUGUCAAAAGCCGCAGAGAAAAUAUCAAAAUCCCAGUCCCGCGAAUCUUCUGAGCCGCAGACGAACGUGAAGAACUGUGUACACGAUUCUACGGCAGACACCGAAUCCGAGAAGAAACCCAAUCCCACGUCCAUCGACCGCGUGGACAACUCUCUGUCGGAGUGUAAAAACGACGUGCUCAAGGACCCGGAUGGUAUCAAAUCAGAGUGCGGUUUUGAAAACCCGUCGGUGCGGGACAAAGGCGUGAAGAUUCAGAUCUCGGUGAGCGAGGAGAAGGACGGCAGCGUCACGAUUCCCCGGACUGUGUCGCUGACCGACGUCACCAAGCCGCUGACCAUCGAGACCAAGUUUGGCGGCUCGGCGUCGUCGGGACCCAGCAGUGAGAGCACGGACACCGCGUCUGAGGUGGGCAGCGUCUUCAGCUCCCCGGGAGGAAGCUUCCACACACCGUCCUCCUGUCAGAGCAGUCCUCAACUCUCAGCUGAUGGUGCUGCAACAGGUGACGUAAAGACAGAGCCUUCAGACAAUUCCACAACAGCUGCAGUUAAUUGUAACUCAAGUAAGGAAAUUACUGAAGGAAGACCCAAAUCUAAACAUAGAAGUGGAUCACAGGGCUUUUCUCCAAAGGAUCUUCUAGACCUGCUAAAGAAUGUUGAAAAUGAGAUUGAGACUUGUGAAGCAAACCUGAAAGAGGAAAUUGAAAAAAGAAAGAAAUUCAAGAUUGACGACUGCCGUCGGACUCAUAACUACGACCAGUUCAUCACAACCUUUCUUACGAUGCUAGCAGAGCAGGGUCAGCUUGCCCGGCUUGUUGAGCAAAACGUCAACGUGAAAAAACGUCAAGGUGCUCCCAUAGGACGACAGCAGUCCAAAGCUAUAUCCAGAGAUAAUCGAAGUAAGGCACGGGCUAAGCGAAGAAGAUGAAAAUUGCUGCUUGAUUCCCUCCCAAGACAUACAACAUUUCCAACAUUAUGACUCAGUUACUUUACAUGCUGCAAUUGUUUUCUGUUUCAGAAGCCAGACCAGUCCAAAGUGUGGCUACAGAAAACCCCCUGGUUAAUCCAGUACAUGCUCAUUCAAGAGGCUGCAAAAGCUUAUCAUUCAAGAGGCUGCAAAAGCUUAUCAUUCCAAUGCCUGGAAUAUCAAAAACUUGGCCAUUGUUAAACCUUUUCAGUUGAAAAACUAGCUUACCGUGGCCAGUGCAGAAGUAAUAUAUGGUGCUUACAGAUUCGGUGUGUUGAUGCAAUGGGCCAAUGCAAUACAGUUUUCAACACCUUGACUUCCAUGUUUUGCAGUUGGCUUCUAAUUGUAGAGCCUGGCCAGCGCAGAAGUUGUGAUAGUUGUGGAUAUUUGGUGCUGAAAUCAUCAACGGGCAGAUGCAAUAGUGAAUACAUAUAUAAUAAAACAAAUAAAAAAUAAAAUAAAAUAAAAUAAAUAAAUGAGA